AAUGGAAGAAAAAACUAAGAAGAAAACAAAGAAGAAAAAAGAUGCAUGAUAAACUCAAUCGGAAACAAAUCCGGAAAAAACGAGACAAAAACAUAUUAGAAGAAAAAGACAUGGACCUAACAGUCUGGUUUCCGGGAUGGAUGCCCUCCCUCGUUAAUCGGGAGCCCUCCUCGACUCCAGGACAUGAAUGUGUAGCCUUGUCCAGACAAUACACUCUUCCUAAUGGGUCCGUGGAGAACGUCUCAUACUACUACUGGAAGGCAGUGGAAUGCGUCAACGCGGAAGGCUUGCUGAGCUAUAUAUGUGAAAAACCCCGGCAAUACACCUCUGGUGGAACCAGUCAGGAAUGUUAUACGGACACCGGCGAGGAAUACAGAGGCAAUGUACACGUCACAAAAGACGGGCUACCUUGUCAAAAUUGGACCUUGUAUAGGAACACAAAUCCGGACACCAACUCUGACAGGGGACUUGGUAACCACAACUUGUGUAGAAACCCAGAUGGUGACGUCAGUCCUUGGUGCUGGACGAACGUCACCACAGAAGAAUUUGCAUAUUGUGCCAUACCACAAUGUCAUAUAAGAAAUUCGUCUAAAUCACGAUUAGUGGUACAGGAGUGCCCAAAAGGCCAGUUCUACUGUCAUAAGAGCUCACAAGGGAGGUGCAUAGCGUCCAUGUACCAGUGUGAUGGAGAGACCGACUGUGAACAUUCGGAGGACGAAACUGGAUGUGACUACAUUUUACCGAGGUUUACAAAGAUUGAAAAUAUGUUAUCAAAGGCCACUGUCCGGAAAACAUUUGGUACCAUACCUGUCGAACUUUGUGCUAAACUUUGUUACGAAGAAAAGAAAUUCACGUGUAAAUCAUUUUCUUAUCGAAAAACGUGGAAAUACUGCUACCUAUCGUCAGAAGAAGAUCCUGUCGACAGCCGGUCAUCUAGUGCUGACUACGACAUGUACGUGCUGAAAUAACAUCAACAUGCAUAUGACGUCAUCGGAGUUAAAUCAACAAAAUAAUCUUCGGUUAUUUUAAAAUAUUGAAAUUGCUGGUGAAAUAGAUGUACAAAAGAUACACAGGUGAUUCACGACUUUUAACAUAAAUUAACCAUAGAAUAAAUAUUUAGACCUGCUUUGUUCGUCAGUGAUGGCAGGGACCCAAGUGUGUGGAAUUCCAGAAG